AUGCAGAACACACCUCCUCUCAAGCCCUCGCUCAUUUCCCUCGCCGCGCCAUCCUCCCCAGACCUCCUGGCAUCGCUCGAAAGCCACGCUGACGUCGUGUCCUGGAUUAACGAGAUCCUCACGCCGGAAGGCGGAGACGGAGGCGAUGGUGCGCUGGAGCUCACUGAGAUGGAUCGCCGCAUCUCCAGUCUCGUUGGUGCGCUCGAGAUAGCGAGCGAGGACACAUCUUCGGAGGUCGAGCGACUCAUCGAGGACGUCUCGCGUGGUGCGUCUCGCCUCACGUACGAUUUGCAUUACAUGCGAGACGGUGCCCUCUCUCUGCGGUCUGUGUUGCACGUCAUAGAGUCCAAAUCCACCGUCUCUGCAGGAACAGAGACGGAUGCUGCAUUGGAGCAGCUUCAUCUUCUUGAUACGGUGAAGCGUAACAUGGAGGCAGCGCGAGAGGUGCUGCGAGAAGCAGAGAGCUGGGGAACAUUGGAGAGCGACGUUAUUUCGUUGCUUGGAGAGAAGAAUUACGAAAAGGCUGCGGAACGGCUCUCAGAGGCUAGCAAUAGCAUGGCCGUGUUCGAAAACACGCCAGAAUAUGAAAGCCGGCGUACUCUGAUGGUCAGCUUACAGAAUCAGCUCGAGGCCGCAUUGAGCUCUGCCCUUGUCGCGGCGGUAUCCUCGCAGGACGUUACGGUGUGUCGCAAUUACUUUGGGAUCUUCAGCAAUAUUCAGCGGGAGGCUGAAUUUCGGAAUUACUAUUAUGGGUCUCGUCGUGCAUCCCUCGUGGACGCUUGGCAAAAUGUGCGGCUGCGUGAAAACGCACCGGGCACCGACUCUUCCACAGAAGUUUUCUCCUCUUCAUUCCUGCCAACUUUCUAUGCAUCUUUUCUCUCCAUCCUUCAGACGGAGCGCACCUCUAUCCCAGCUAUCUUUCCCGACCCUCAACAGACAUUAUCGACAUUGAUCACUUCGACAAUAUCGGCGCUUCAACCUACGUUCUCCCAGCGCCUGGCAUUAGUGUCCACGCACUAUGGUGCUACUGCAUUGCGCGAACUCAUUAUCGCCUACAGGGCAACAGAGGAUUUUGCUUUAGCGGUAGAAAAGAUCUUUGAGAAGAUGGGUCACAUUCCUUCUGCUAGUACUGAAGGAGACAGCUCGCGUGGACACCUGCGUCGCAAAUCGUCACGAAUGUCGAUGUCGAUGUCGCGCCGCACGUCUUCUCGGCGCGCGUCAAUUAGUGGCAACAUGCUCGGAGCCAACCUAUCCACGACCUUACCGCUCGUCCUCGAAUGGGACACGGAGCUCUUUGCGCCUUUCGCUAAUCUGCAAGCAGAAUAUGCUAUGCUCGAACGGCGCCUCCUGGACGACGCACUUGCGGCUGCCGUUCGCACAACACCCAUGAGCUACGAGGGCUCUGAUCGUGCUCGAAUUCUUCGAGAGCGUGCUGUGGACGUGUAUGGCGCGGCUGAAGAAGCAAUCACGCGCUGCACAGUAUUCACGCACGGGUAUGGCGCUACGGGCCUCGUAGAUGCUGUGGAUCACCUCCUUUCCGGAUUUGCAGAAGCUUGUCGAGGAGAUAUCUCGCGCAAGGCGGCUGGAAGUGCAUCUCAAUCUGGCGUCAAGUCAAGCGUCUCCGAAGAGGAGCUGGCAGAUCUUGAUUAUACAGCGGAUGAUUGGGCGGAGAUACAGGCGCUAUUGCAUGUCCUCGAGGUUGUUCGUGCCCUGCUGGAUCGCACUGCGAUGUUUGAGGGAAGGUUGCGGACUAGCCUCGUGCAGAUAUCCACUGUGUUUAGGGCAGCGAGGCAGGAUCCGAACGGAUCUCCUGCUGGAGGGACGACUAAAGGGGCAGUGCAGACGUUGAUGCAGACGACGCUAAACUCUGCAGCGUUGCAUGCCCUUCUGGACAGCGUCGAUCCUGAAUCGCUUCAGCUCCAAUUGCCGCCCAGCGUGCCACCUUCUCCAGAUGCCCGCCGUGGAUCAUUCAUGUCCACUGCUCCUUUGACUCUAUCCACUCCACCAUUACUCACAGGCGGAAGGAGCGCCAUAACUUCACUAGCAGAAGCUUGUCAAAUUUCGCUGCAGGGCACGAUUCUGGGCCCCCUGUAUGCACACUUGGCCUCUUACGCCUCCCUCUCCCUUUGGACUGCGCCGGAUCCCGCCUCAAAGCGACAGCCAGCGUCUGGCACUUCCGGAGCCGGGGCUACGAGCGCAGUACGCGUCCCGACCUUCUCGCUCAGUCCAAGCCCAACGAUGGCUCGUGUUGCCGAGGGCUUGCUAAGCCUUCCACGACUGUUUGAGGUGUAUGCGGACGAUGAUGCACUGGCCGUAUCGCUCGCCACGCUCCCUCAUAUCGGAACCAGAGCGCUGCGCGCGCUCGCCGAGCCGCUGCCUCCAUCUACGCCGGUUGCUGCGCACGGUCCUCCCGAGAUGAAAGCACGCCGCUCUGCGUCGCUGGCGUUGAUACCCGGGCAGCAGCAGCUGCAGGCGAGCAUUCCGACUGUACCAAACAUCGACGAUCUGCACUUCUCCCCAGAGGCGGUGACCGCGGCGUGGCUGGCCUCCCUGGCGCGCACGCUGCUGGCUAAACUGACACGCGAGGUGUUGCCUCGCAUCCCAAAGCUGACGGCUGCAGGCGCUGCGCAGCUCGCGGCGGAUCUCGGGUGGCUAUCAAAUAUUGUGGAAGCCUUGAAUGUCGAGUGGGCACCGCUGGCGAGGUGGAGGAAGUGGGUGGAGGAGGAGGAUGCUGAGGGGAGGACGAAGAUGCUCGAGCCAGUGCGUGACAAGGAGCAAGAUCAAGAGGACGCUCGGGGUGAUGACGAAGAGGAAGAUGGCGAGAAGGAUGACAGUGAAGAACAAAUCAAGGGUGUUGUGGCACGGUUGAGAGGCUGGACAUCAUGA